AUGGAUUUUGGUAAGCCGAGAUACAUUGCUUUCAAAUGUACAGAGCUUUCGAAGAAGAAGUAUGAUGAUCAGGACAUGAACAAAAAAGGGAAUGCUCGAGUUUUUGCACUAAAUCAGCAUAAGGCAAAGCAUGAUCCGAAUGUGAUAGCAUGUAUUCUAUUAUUAUCGGAUAUACCUGCGUACGUAGUUUUUGACUUUGGGACUACAAAUUCCUUUAUCUCUGCGUCCUUCGUCACUAGGAUUAACAUUGCAUGUGUGAAAACGAAUAUUGUACUAGAGUUUAGCAUCCAUUCAGAAAGAAAUCUUAGCACAAAUCAGAUGACUAAGGCUAUAAAGUUAGAGAUGGCGAAAAGGAACUGUAGAGGACUUAUGCCUUUUAGAGAUGGAAGAUUUCGAUUUUUUUUAGGCAUGGACUGGUUGGGGCACAAUCAUGUGACCAUUCGAUGUUAUGAAAAAGAAGUGUUAUUUCAUCGGCCAGGAGAGGAAGAAUUUCAUUUUUUUGGAACACAGUUUAAGUCUUUAUCUUGCCUUGUAUCGGCUGUAUAA